ACCAUCAGAUCUGACACGAGACAUGUGAGUAGGCCUAUAUAUCAGCAGAAAGACUGAAGCAACAGCAUUUUAAAUUUUAUCUUCGUACCGCAAACACCUUACUUGGAUUAUCAUUGAAUAUCAACACUAUGUCUUUACAAAGUAUGGAGUGUGGUCAUACCACGAAGGAAAAGAAAGCUUCUCUUCGAAAGAGCAAUAAGCCAGUUAUGGAAAAGAAAAGGAGAGCGAGAAUCAACAGUUGUCUAUCCCAACUGAAGACACUAGUGCUGGAAGCUAUGAGAAAAGAUAGUUCUCAAUAUUCCAAAUUAGAGAAAGCUGACAUUUUGGAAAUGACUGUGAAGCAUUUAAGGAAUCUCCAGAGGCAACAAAUGUCAACAGCUUUAGCUUCAGACCCUAAUGUUGUAUCAAAAUACCGAGCAGGAUUUAAAGAAUGCGCGGGAGAGGUUGUGAAGUACUUGAAUACGUCACAAAGCGUCAAUGAUGAUAUGCGAUCUCGUAUCAUGAACCAUCUAUCCGGAGUCGCUCCAUCUGUGAAUGCUCACCCCCAGUCACAACAACAACAUCAACAGCAGCAGCAGCAGGUUACACCUGUACAAAUAACACCUGUGUCCCAGCAAAAGGUGGUUCAUCCUCAGCCACAGCAUCAGACAAUGCAGCCUCUCAGUGUUCAAAUUCCCACACAGCAGCACGCGCAAAACAACAGCUUCAGCAGUAACAGUAGCAUGAGUAGUUUUACAACGAUAUCGUCACCAGUCAAACAAAACACGUGCCUACUUAUGUCUGGGAAUGUGUCGCAACAACAAACCAACUCACAGCACGUGCUGAAUCAAUCUUCUCCCACAUUCGUGAACAUUGCUACUCCAGUGAAUACGGACAAUAAAACACAACUCUCGGGUUCCUUUCAAAUUCUUCCUGGAAAUCUCUACAAUGGUCCAGUGGCGGUUUACGUCGGACCUGUUAAUGACAAUCAGAGUUCACCCUCCACCACAGCUCUUCCUGUGUUCACAGUACAGGUGCCCUGCCAGCAGUCAACCACAUCAUCACCCAUCAAAAACAAGGAAAACGUUUACUCGAAGGACAAUCAUGAUUACUCGUUAAUGUCAAAGCAAGCACAGUUAUUAAACAUGGGACAUGUUGACUGCCAUGACUCUAAUGUGUACAAUGAAAGGUUAUGGAGGCCUUGGUGAACGAUGGUGGUUGUGUGAUGAGAGAAAAUGAGACUAGAAACAAAUGUGUGAAAUAUGAGAAACUUUAAUGACUAACUCAGGACAAACCAAAGUGCUUCCAUUGAACUUUAUGCUAUGUGAGAGACUUGUGAUGUGUGAUACAGGAGGAAAUAUUCCGAAUGACUGCGAAUAGCUGCUAUAUUUGAUACUAGUGCUAUUCUAUGUUGUUCUACUUGUUGAAUUUUGAAUAUUUUUUUAUUCCAAUUAUUAAAUUUGUUAUUUAAAUUGAU